CAAAGUUUACGACUGGGAGGCCAACGAGAUGGUCCUUGGCGCGUACUCGAACUCCGUGCGAGCCACGCUGCCCGACACCUCCGUCCGCCUCUACACCUGGAUGUCCGUCUGCCUCGGCCUCGACUUUGCGACCAACACCUUCGCCGGCGUCAUCGAUAGGGUGGCCACCUUCGGAAACCUGACGGAGGCCGAGAACGGGAAGAAACGCCAUGUCCCUGGCGGAGGCACGCUCGUCAUCGCCCAAGAGCAGGACAAGGAAGGAGGCCUGUUCUCCAUCGGCCAGAUGUUCUCGGGGGAUAUGGCCCAGAUGAGGAUGUUCUCCAGGGUGCUCAGCGAGGAGGAGAUGCUGAGUUACGUGAACUGCGACGAGACUCCCGAGGGCGACGUCCUCUUGACUUCCUUCGAGAAUCUAGACGAGUGGGACAUUCUGGGCGAUGUGGAGGUGAAAUUGGUGCCGGAUGAAGUCUUGUGCGAGAAGAAAAAAAGGGAAUUCAUUGUACUUCCGGAACAGAGGACAUUCUCCGAAGCCCAAAAGAUGUGCGAGAAGCUGAGUCUGCCUAUGGCCCUUCCGGAGAGCGAAGAGGAGAACAAUGACCUGUUCAAGCUAGCUGUCAACGUGGAGUCGCUGUGCCUGUCCUCUUACAGCACCAACGUCUGGAUCGGAGCUCAGGGAAACCUGGAAGCCGACCAGUGGCAGAACCUGAAGGAUGGGGCAAAGCUGAUAUACGACAACCUUGACAAGCGUUACACUUACAUCACAGAGGCAAGUCGCUGCAUCUCUCAGGGCGGCUCCUUCUACCCGGGGAUCUGGUACUCCACUUUCUGCUCAAGGUUCAAGCCGUGCACAGCCUGCGAGAACGCCCCGAAGAGCUCCAUCAGAAUCAGAGGUCUCUGCAGGGAUUCCCGCCUCGACAGGGAAAUACACGUCCAGGGCCUGAAGAACCAAAAGCCGAUGUUCCAGGGGACGUUCUACGCUAACGUCUUCUGGGACAACUCCACCUGGGUGAUGACGAGCCGCAGGUAUCCCGACAUCAGGGCGCACAUGAAAAUCGCCUUCAUCGAUGACUAUCCCGUGGGCCUGCAGCGGUGGGAGGUGGACGGCGACGUCUGCCCAGACACCGAGAUGAACCUCAUGAUGACGGUGUGCGGCGCCGGGAGCUUCACCUGCAACGACGGCACCUGCGUCAAGAUCAGCCAGCGCUGCGACCUACAGGUGAACUGCGACGACAAGAGCGACGAGCACGAGUGCGACCGCGUGUACCUCGGCCUCGACUACGCGAAGCACAUCCCUCCGCCGCCGCCCAAGGACCAGG